GUGGGGCGGCGCGCCUCCCGGCAGCGCCUAAACCGAGGCGCCCGGAGCCAUCGCCGUGAAGACUAUGGUGCUUCCGAACAUCUUGCUCACCGGUACACCAGGGGUUGGAAAAACCACACUAGGCAAAGAACUUGCAUCAAGAUCAGGACUGAAAUACGUUAAUGUGGGUGAUUUAGCUCGAGAAGGGCAGUUGUUUGAUGGCUAUGAUGAAGAAUAUGAUUGUCCCAUUUUAGAUGAAGACAGAGUGGUUGAUGAGUUAGAAAACCAAAUGAAAGAAGGUGGAGUUAUUGUUGAUUACCAUGGUUGUGAUUUCUUCCCUGAACGCUGGUUUGAUGUAGUUUUUGUGCUGAGGACUGAUAACAACAUAUUGUACAAAAGACUUGAAACAAGGGGUUAUAAUGAAAAGAAACUAAAAGAAAAUAUUCAGUGUGAGAUCUUUCAAGUGCUUUAUGAAGAAGCCACAUCAUCCUACAAGGAAGAAAUUGUGCAUCAGCUGCCCAGCAAUAAACCAGAAGAGCUAGAGGAUAAUAUAAACCAGAUCUUGAUAUGGAUUGAGCAGUGGAUCAAAGAUCAUAAUUCUUAACUUAUAAAAGUGGCCACUUUACAAUCA